AUGGACUUCAACUCCCAGAAGAACCUUCUCUACUUCUCCUCCUUUGCUGUCGGCUCCUUUAUAUUCAAAGCGCUCGUCGAUCAAUAUGGCGGCAUCCCACUGGAUUAUCUCUACUCCAGCAUCGAGGUCUACUCGCACGAUGAGGCGUACAACUACCUCCUGUAUUGGCUGAUGAAGCAGCGGUUCGAUCGCAACAAGAACCGCCUGAUCGCGAGCACGAGUCUGACUGCUGGAGCGUCAGACUGGUUUGGGUCUAGGGAUGAAGAGGGGGAAAUGGACUUUUCGGAUGCCGAGGAUGAGGACAGCGCAGAUCCAGGCUCGGCGAGCGACGCAAUUGCGAACACGCGCCGUCUGCUGUGGUCGCCAUGCACGGGAACACAUUAUUUCAGAUAUGCUGGUCGCUAUCUCGCGUUGACAAGGGAAGUUGAAGAGCGUCAGGCUCAGAUGAUGACCCGAACGGAGGUGAUGCGCAUCUCAUGCUUGGGCUGGGACCCCUCAAUCUUAAAACAGCUCAUGGCGGAGGCGCGCGUGUGCUUCGCGCAGAAGGAAAAUGGCAAGACCGUGAUCUAUCGCGGCACGAAGGGGCCUUAUGGGGACGAGUUCCUCUGGACGCGAACGACCUCUCGUCCGGCGAGACCCUUGUCAACGGUGUACUUGGAUGAGGACGCAAAGCAAACCUUCCUCGCGGACGUGCAGCGCUAUCUCCAGCCAUCUACCAGGAGAUGGUAUAGUGAUCGAGGCAUUCCCUACCGCCGGGGCUACAUGUUCUACGGACCACCAGGAACGGGAAAGUCGAGUCUCGCCUUCGCAGCGGCAGGAUAUCUGGGGCUGAACGUGUACAUUCUCAGCCUCGGGUCGCGCCAGAUCACCGAGGAUGGCCUUGUGCAGCUGUUCCAGAAACUCCCGCGCAAAUGCCUCGUGUUGCUCGAGGACGUGGACUCGUACGAAGUUGCCGGUCGGCGGUCGGAAGAAACGACGGAACCGAAUCGCGAGGGAAAGAACGAGAUGACACUGUCAUCACUGUUGAAUCUGCUUGAUGGAGUUGCUGCGCAGGAGGGAAGGGUGCUGAUUAUGACGACCAACCAUCUGCAGCGCCUCGACCCAGCGCUCAUCCGGCCAGGUCGCGUGGACUAUCAGAUCAAGUUCAAGCUGGCGGAUCGAGAACUGACAAAGAAGAUGUUUUGGAAUUUCUUUGGUAUCACGGACGAACCAUCUGGCAAGGAGGCUCCACUUAGGGCAUCCACCGAUGCGUUUGCGGACAAGAUCCCCGAGGAUAUGCUCUCUCCUGCUGAUAUACAAGGCUUUCUACUUCAGAACAGCACGUCUCCGGGGAGUGCGAUAGAACGGGCAGAUGCAUGGGUGCUGCAAAAGGUUGAACAGGUUAAGGCUGCGGGCAUCGAGACAGAGAAGGACAAGGAGACGAAGCCUACGGAGAAGGACACUGCUGAGGAGGGGGGACUCGAGGUUUAG